CAUACCAAUGGCCGACCACGCAGUUACGCACUGAUCUUGUGAGUUGUGAAUAAGUUUUUGUGAAAUGUGAAUUUGUGAAGUGACUCUGUGACUGCAGCGCGAUUGAGGGUGGUGCCGAAGCAGAUGGGCUGCCCAAGAUUUUUAUCACUUUUUAUAAGUAUUUAUCAGCUUUGAUCCCUAAUUCUAUUCGUGCAGUAUAGCUCAUUGUUAAAAAAUCCACAGUACAGUGCAGCGUCUGCAGCGGAUCAACUGCAGAAAGAAUUGCAACAGUUCUCUUCUGCGUCAUAUCUACUUAUAUUAAAAGCUGUCAUAUCAAAGGCAGCUCCCCUUUCAAGUAAUAGGUGCCUAUAUUUAGGUAUAUUAUUUUUUUCAUCGCAUCGUCCAAUUAAAAUAGUGCAGUGUGUAUUUAAAGCCAAAGCCUCAGGUAGUCGGGUGUGAGCAACAGCGACGACGACUCCGUUUUGUUUUGUAUUUGACUCACGUUAGGCACAAAAACAACUCAAGAAGAGAUAAAACAGAGGUUGUGAAAAAAAUGUCAAAAUCUGAUGGUAGGAAGAUCAAGGACACGUCGGGCACGGGCUUCCGGAAGAUCGACGUCGACCAGUUUGAGAAUCAUUUUAAGGAGGAGGACCCGGACGGCACGCUCACCGGACCCGACGAGAACGAAAUUCUCGCCUUCCUUAGCCAGGGCAAACAUGCCGAGGCACUUAUCUCGGUUCUCAAGUCGGCACCGCUUGGCAGCAAAAACCAGCAAGUUAAGGAUAAUGCAAGGAAUUUGACACAAAAAGUAUUACUAAGUAUAAAAACGAACCAAAUGGAAGACUGUAUAGCACAGCUAGACCAGAACCUUAUGGAUACUCUGAUGAAGUACAUAUAUCGAGGUUUUGAAUUGCCAAGUGAAGGUAGUAGUGGACAUUUACUGGUGUGGCACGAAAAACUGUAUAAUAUCAGUGGAGUUGGCAGUAUCGUCCGAGUGUUUGCUGAUAGUAAAAGAGCUUGAACUGCAAAAGUGUUUGCAAAUUGUCCGAUUGACCUUCCCAUUGAGUGUGUUACUUAGUAAUGCAAGGGAUGUAGAUAGCUAAGUCAUUAACAUUUUUUCAAUAUGAAAACUGCAGUGCAUUUAUAUAAAGUUGUUAUCAAUAAAAUAAUUUUUAUUUCUUCUUAUUAAACGGAGACUGUACAUUUAUCACUUUCUUCUCAACUCAUUUUGGAAUGCAGUAUACCCUUUAUAUAAAUAACAAUCAAAGAAACAACGUUCAUUUUUUAGUAAAUUAAUUAA